ACGCGGCCAGCAGAAGCAGAAAGCACGAGAGAGUGAGAGGGUCAACGAAAACAUAACCACCGGUGCCCACUUAUUUACCUACCCAUACACAGGCAAUUGUGCAUUUUGACUUUCUAUUUCUAUUUCAUUUGUUUAACAAAAAUGAUUUGGAGGACGAGUUUGUAUGCCAGUUUUGUUGUUGUGGCGGUGCUCUGUGGAGAACCAAGCACCACGACGACGAAUUCAGAACAUGAAGAAAAGAGCGAUCCCGACAAAUUUGUACCUACCUCAGAAUGGCAAAAGGUGGCCAAGGGCCAGCCUUUACCAGCUGGUCUUCAUUACAGAUUGAAUAUUUACACUGGUGACACAGAAGUGAAACUUCUUGAUACCUCUAAGUCCUCUGAGACUGGUGAUUCUAAAACUGAUUUGCUGGUUGUGGAAUCGUAUGAAACUGAUGAAAGCUCCACGGAGACUCUGUAUAUGAGCAAAGAUGAGUUAAAAAAGGUUUUGGCAGAUGUCACUGCUGACGAUGCAAUCCAAGAAACCAUCGACUCCGACAAGCAGGAAAGUGUGAAGAAGAAAUUCCGCUCUUAUGAAGAUUUGAAAGAGGAAUUCGGGUCACUGAACCUUACUGUUAAAACUGAUAUGGAAAUACUUGGUGACCUUGUUGGAAAGGCAAAGGAUAUUUUCAAUACCAGCAAUGAUGAAGAGGACAUUGUGACCAUAUUAAAGGAUCUAGAAUACCUUGUUCAUCAAAUUGACAAUGCAAGAGAAUUUGUAAGACUUGGCGGCUUGACAAAUAUUAUUAUACCAGCUUUGAACUCAUCAUCUCCUGCUGUUCGAGCCAAAUCUCUGUGGCUCCUAGGAUCAGCAUCACAGAGUAACCCAAAGGUACAAAUUGCCGUUUUGCAUGCGGGUAUCAUGUCUAAACUGGUUAAGGCAUCAAUACUGGAUUCUGAUGUAACAGUACAAGCACGAUCUAUUUAUGCCCUCUCUUGCCUCACCAGACAAUUUCCUGCUGCUCAGGCAAAACUAAUUGAGGAAGGAGGACUUUCAUCUUUCAGUAAUAUAAUCGACAAUGAACGUUCAUCUGAUUUGAAGACUAAGAUAAGAGUAAUUACAUUAAUAAAUGAUUUGCUUCUGGAAAGAAAAUAUGUUAAAAAGGCUGUGGAAGAAUUUGAACAUUUGGACUUGUCAAAGGAAGGUGAUGCAGUAAAAAAAAUACAGCAGCAUAAACAGCGGGAACUAAAAGAAAAACUACGACAGUAUGAUGCUAUGAAUUUAGAGACGCGUAUUGUUGAAGAUGGAUGGUGCCACAGAUUAUCAGACUUUUUAGGGAAAUUGUAUGAAAGUGAGUGGAAUGCUGGGCGAACACAGAGAAGGGAUGAUCUGGGCUCAGUUAUGUCAAAAGAUCUACCGUAUAGGCCUGAACAUGAUGCCAUAGAGAAGGUUUUGAAUACAUUGCUUGUAGUGAAAAAUUUAUGUUCCACUGAGUUUCAAAAUGACUUAAAACUGGCAAAAGUGCUCGAAUUUUUUUUAUCGUGGUACAAAGUUUUAAGUAAUCGUGAAGAGGUGCUGAGAAAGAAAGCUCUUAAAACUGAGUGUGUGGAUUCAGAUGAAAAGUGUCUGCAAGAAGUUGAUUUUGAAAGUGCAUUAGAUAGUAGUGAAAUGUAUUACACUACCAUUGCUGAAUCAUUACAGACACUUAUAAGUUUCAUUCAAAGAAAUAAUAUAAGUACCAGUGGUACCAGAGAUGAGUUGUGAUGAGUAUUAAAUUGAAUUUGGCUGUAUUGUGAUAUAUUUUCUAUGUGUUAAUUAUUAAUUACUGUUAAAUAAUGUGUUAUAAUGUGUUACUAGUGAUAGUAAAGACUUUCACACUGUUAAA